UAGCUAGCUAGCUUAGCCGUGCAGUAGCAGUGAUACGGUCUGAUGCAGAAAUGCCACACUAGCGAGCAAAGCGUCUCCUCAGCUAGGCUAGCUUCUUGGAUUGGUUAUGGUGACUUGCUCCUAGCUAGCGGGCAUCCUUUUUUUCUCGAGUAUUUUUUCUUAAGACCCUUUUCUAAAAAUCCUUUCCAGAGAGAAGAGAGAAUUGGAGGCGGCCAUCAGUAGUCAGGUUAACAGAAGCAUUGGAGUCUUUGAAGUUCUCAGCUUUGAUGCAGUACAGUUCUCUGGUGAAAGAUGAAUGAAGAGGUGAUCGUCAUCGCCAAGUUCGACUACAUGGCCCAGCAGGACCAGGAGUUGGACAUCAAAAAAAAUGAGCGCCUUUGGCUGCUGGAUGACUCCAAAUCCUGGUGGAGGGUCAGAAACGCUACCAACAAAACCGGCUUUGUUCCGUCCAACUACGUGGAGAGGAAAAACAGCGCCAGGAAAGCUUCUAUUGUCAAGAAUCUCAAAGACACACUCGGCAUCGGAAAGGUGAAGAGUAAAAAAGGAGGAAUGAGAGACUCAGCGUCCAACGCCGAGACCGACCCCAGCAUGGACAAUGGCGAGCGUCUGUACGACCUCAACGUGCCCGCUCUGGUCAAGUUCAGCUACACGGCGGAGCGCGAAGACGAGCUCUCGCUGGUGAAGGGCACGCGGGUGGUGGUGAUGGAGAAGUGCAGCGACGGCUGGUGGCGAGGAAGCUACAGCGGACGGUCCGGUUGGUUUCCGUCCAACUACGUGACCGAAGACGUGGACGGGACGGCGGGAGGAGGGGUCAUGGGGGGAUUCGGCGACCCCGCCGCAUCGCUGACGGAGAAGCUUGCGGCCGUGGUGAGCAGCACGGCCAACGGGAACAGGGUGCUGCACACGGUGCAGGCGCUCUACCCUUUCAACUCUGGUAACGACGAGGAACUGAACUUUGAAAAAGGGGAGGUGAUGGAGGUCGUGGAGAAACCGGAGAACGACCCGGAGUGGUGGAAGUGCCGGAAAGCAGACGGACAGCUGGGCUUGGUGCCUAAGAACUACGUCACCGUGCUGGACUCCAGCUCCCAUAAAUCCACGGGGCUCGCCGGGCCUCCCACACCAGACUGCGACUACAUCUCUCCGUCGGUGAGCGGGCGAUUCGCGGGGAAAGAGUGGUACUACGGAAAGGUGACGCGCCACCAGGCGGAGGUGGCCCUGAACCAGAGAGGCAUCGAGGGAGACUUCCUCAUCCGAGACAGCGAGUCGUCGGUCAGUCGCCAGCCAAACGACUUCUCCAUCUCCUUGAAGGCCCAGAGCAAGAACAAGCAUUUCAAAGUGCAGCUGAAGGACAACCUUUACUGCAUUGGACAGCGCAAAUUCAACUCUAUGGAAGAGCUUGUCGAACACUACAAAAAAGCCCCCAUCUUCACCAGUGAGCAGGGAGACAAACUGUACCUGAUCAAGGCCAUGGCUGCCUCCUGAUCACGCCUCUCCCACACAAACUCACACUCCUACGUAUGAAUCAAAAGCGUAGAUAAUGCAGAUACUUCCAGCAGACCGCACGCUAACAUUUCAGCCCUCCCACUUCAGACUGAACACGUCAGGAGGACUCAAGCAGCCGCUUUGUGAGCAUUCCAAGAGGACAUGUGGGAGGAGCGCAGGAGAGACAACAAAGACUACAAAUCCCUGAGAAAGGGUCGCCUAUUUUAAAUUAUCCAGAUGUUUCAUUCUCAAACUUCGUUUCAUUUAGGUUUUCUUUUUUUAUUAUUAUUUUUUAUUUGUUGAUACCAUAUUAUCUUUUAACAGUGUCUUUUAAAAAGGUGAUUUUUAUUUCAUUUCUUAGAUUUCAGCACCUCAGAGCCACGCCCACAGCUCUUGUUUCGUCUGUUUUAAUGCUUAUUUUUUUGUGUGCACACUAAAAAAUCCACACCUUCUCGCCAACAAGUGACCAAACUAUAUUUAUUGACAUGUUAGGAUCCAUGUUUUUAUUUUUUUUCAUUUCUGAUGGGCACAGGUUUUCAGCGGGCGCUGUGAACGCGUGAAUGUUGCAAAGCUGAGGCGGCAGAUCUGACGGCUCUGGAAAGUAGUGUCUUAUUUAUCGCCGGGGUUCGGACCGAGUCUCCAAAACGUUUCCGUCUUUUUAACCCUUGCCUCAUGUGGAAGACAGCUGAUGCCAGAGAGGAUAUUUGAGCAAAAGGAAAAAAAAAAAAAAGAGGAUGAUGUCACUGCUCCUAAAUCACAGAGCAGCCAGGGGAGCGCAGCACUUUGGAGGGUCGCCCAAAGGUUGUGUUGCAUCGACAUCAUUCUUGGUAAAGCAGGCACAAAGGCUUUCCAUAUGACAUUUCCUUAUGGCUGAAUGAACGAAAAAGAAUCCGUUUUUUUUUCUUUUCUUCCUUUGAUGUUUGGACAAACUGUUUCCAUUCAAACACCGUGGCGCCCCCUCUGCUGGGAGAAGUCGCUUGAAUACUUCCUUGAGCGAAUGCAGGGUUUGAAUUUUGAAGGGCAGUUGGUCGCUCUGGCUGCAGUCGAAUUUAAGAUGAUGAUGAUGAUGAUGAUGAUGGUGGCGGUCAUCGUCGUGUUUGCAAUGAGUUCUGCAGCUGUGGCCUUUCAACCGAAACAGCACAAGGAAAAAGGGUUUUUUGGGUUAUGAAGGCAGAGAAUGAGGAACUAGGGAGAAGACUUGGACUUGCAUGUUCCCCUGGAUGACAAUAUCGGGGUCGCCACACCCACGUUAGUCAUAGACAGGAGGCCGGUGUCGGUGGACGAUGGAAAAUGGGACGAAAUUCAAACCCCACAAACUGGCUGUGAGCUGUUUUAAAAAAAAAAAAACUCUUUUUGACAAACUAAAGCUAGUCGUAAAGUUACUAAACA